AUGCAGAUGAUUAGAUUAAGAGAAAAUCAAGUCAUCAGUUUCUUUCUGGAAGGUGUCCCAACAGGUGUGGUGGUCGAAACAACGUGUCCCUGUUUCGGUGAAAGAGCCUUGCCGUGUCUUUCUUUAAGCCUCGUUCACGCGCUGUACGCGCUUUUAAAAAAGUUGGGCUCUUAUAUACACCUCCGUCAUCAUCGUACUCCUGCUGUCCAAAGUUUUCUCCAUAACAUAUUCCCCAUCACUCCGGCAUCAACGUAUCAAAUGGUUACAUCCAAGACUCUGAUCUGCACCAUCCACUCGUGUCGCAUACUCAGCCUUAUCAACAAGCUUUUCAGAAUCAAGCCAGUUGUCGUACUGUACAGAUGCAACAGAGCCAGAAAAACUCAACAAUAUUACACAAGAGUGCUCAUCACUAACAAUCCAACUUUGAUGAAACCCAAAACAAAAAAGCCUAGCAAUAUUCUACUCGAUGAUGAUAUGGUGGCCCAUGUUGGAGGCUUUGGUUUAGCUCAAUUUCUCGGAACAAAUUCAAAGGAACAAGGUGCAAGUGGCAUUAGAGGAACAAUUGGGUAUGCACCUCCAGUGUAUGGCAUUGGGAGUGAGAUGACAAGUAGUGGAGAUGUAUGCAGUUUCAAAAUACUUUUGUUGGAGGUGAUGACAGGGAAAAGGCCGACAGAUGGCAUCUUUAACAAAGGUAUUACCCUUCAUAAGUUUGUUGACAUGGCCUUGUCGGCCAAUGCAAGCGAUGUUAUUGAUGAUGAUCUUCUUAAGUUUCUUCAAGAAGAUGCUAUUGCUAGGAAAUAUACGUUAGCAGAUGCAAAUAAAAUAGAGGAAUGCUUGUCUUCAACUGUUAAACUAGGAGAAUCAUGCUCCAUGGAGUCCCCACAACAACAGAUGAAUAUCAAAAAUGUUGCCCAUAAGUUGCAACAUAUUAUGAAUAUGCUUCAGUAAAUUUGAGGUGCCACGUUAGUCAAUAGUUUGGUUGUUAAUCAUUAAAUAUGGAUGUACUUGAGUAUUUGAUGAAUCUUGGAUUUUGAUGGGUAUCAAAUGUAAAAUAUUUAGAAUUAAUUUAUAAAAUAUG